AUGUUGACCCUCUCUGUGCUCCUGCUGCUGCCGUUGCUCCUCGCCUCUCCUCCUGUCUCCUCCUCUCCUCUGGCCAAGGACCAGUCGGUGUGUGCCAGGACUUCCUGUGGUGCAGGCAGAGAGUGUGUAUCGACUGACAGAGGAGAACCGGUGUGUCGUUGUUUGCAGCAGUGUGAUGAGUCGGAGCAUUGGGUGUGUGGCAGCAACGGCAAAUCCUACAGAAACCACUGUGAGCUGCACAGAGACGCCUGCGUUACACAGAUCAAGAUACACUCGGAGCACAGAGGACACUGUCUGGAGAAACCAACAAAGAAAGAUGUGAGUCCUUUCGUGUGCUUCCUGUCGGAUCGUGAUUGGCUGAGAGACAGAGUGAUCCAGUGGAUUCAGGAAGCGGUGGAGUCCGACAACCUGCCUUCAAAUGUGUCUUCAGCUCAUGAUCUCCUGCAGACGUAUUUUCAGAUGUACAAUAACGGGGAUCUGCAGCUUGAUUCAAAAGAGUUUCUGAGCUUCCUGAAGCACAAUGAGACGGCCCUCAACCUCACAUACUCUAAUACUCUGGAGACCAAUCUGCUACUGAGGUCUCUGUGUGUCGAUGCUCUGAUUGAGCUCUCAGACGAAAACGCAGACUGGAAGCUGAGUUUAAAUGAGUUUAUUAACUGUCUGACGCCCACCUACCAUCCACCAGAGAGAAAGUGCGCUCUGGAGGACGAAGUGUUUGAGGACGGAGCUGAAACUCGGAUGGAGUGUAACAAGUGUGUGUGUGCCUGUGGAAACUGGGUGUGCACCGCUCUGACCUGCAACGGAGAGGAUUGGGUUCAGGAGGAUGUGAAGGACGGAGGAGAAGAAGAAGAGAUGACAGAGGAGGAGUGGAGCAGGAGAGUAGCUGAACUCAACGCGUUACAGCCGGACGCUCGACACUGA